AGAGUUAAAAGAAGUGAACGGCCAAAGAGGUUUCCAGUCUUUAAGUUGCACCGACAUGAAAGUUAGGCUUAUCUUUCCAACUUCCUGCCAAAAGACACUUCUUGACCCUUGUGUAUCACUAAUCUCUCCCCACCCAAGGGUUUAUUUAUGAGCUUUACUCCAGUUUAGAGCGCAGCGGGGCUGCUGUUUACAUUCAGCUGACUGUUUUGUACACUUUUGAGGAUGUGUAAAGGCAGUUAGCAUUAGCAUGAGUGCUAGCUAGCGGCGUGUUGACAGAAGCGACAGGAGGAGAACAAAAGAGACAUUUCGGCUCAUUUUUGCCUCCCUUUGGCCGAUUAGCAGUGACAUGUAGGAGGUGUGAGGAGAGCAGCACGAUGCCUGUGAUCCUGUUUCUGAUAGACACGUCCGCCUCCAUGAACCAGCGCUGCCACUUGGGCACUACCUAUCUGGACAUAGCUAAGGGUGCUGUUGAGACUUUCCUCAAGGUAACUAACACGGAGAAAAACUAAACAUUAAACAUUAGCUUUUUCGAGCACAUUGUGGCUUUUCCCCCUGAUUCUUUUCGUGUUUCCACGCAGCUCAGGAGUAGGGAUCCGGCGAGCAGAGGAGACAGAUACAUGCUAGUUUCCUUCGAGGAAGCUCCUGCCGGGAUAAAGAUCUGGCUGUCCUUCUCUGUCUCUCUUCUCAGGCCGGAUGGAAAGAGAGCCACGCCAUCUUCAUGACGGAACUGAGGAACCUGCAGGCUGUCGGCUUAACGUCGUUUGGCCAGUCUUUAAGGGCCGCUUUCGAUUUGCUCAACCUGAACAGAUUAGUGUCAGGGAUAGACAACUAUGGGCAGGGAAGAAACCCGUUUUUCCUGGAGCCUGCCAUUAUAGUGGCGAUUACGGACGGAAGCAAACUGACAGGCACUGCAGGAGUGCAGGACGAGCUGCAUUUACCGUUGAUGACCCCGUUACCGGGCAGCGAGCUGACGAAGGAGCCGUUCCGCUGGGACCAGCGCCUUUUUUCUCUGGUGCUUCGCAUUUCAGGCCACGCCCCUUUGGAGCCCGAGCCAGUGGGCGGAGUCCCGGCCGACCCCUCCCCCGUGACGCCCAUGUGUGAGGUGACAGGAGGCCGCUCGUACAGUGUGUUUUCUCAGCGCAUGCUGAACCAGUGCCUGGAGUCUCUGGUGCAGAAGAUCCAGAGCGGAGUCGUGAUAAACUUUGAGAAGACGGGCCCCGACCCUGCUGAAGAUGGUCCUUCAGAUGUUAAAUCCGGUCCCCAGCCGUGGCACAGCUGCCAUAAGCUCAUUUACGUGCGGCCCAAUCCCAAAACGGGGGUUCCUGUUGGCCACUGGCCCAUUCCUGAGUCCUUCUGGCCCGACCAGAACUCCCCCACUCUGCCACCACGAAUGGCCCAUCCACAGGUGCGAUUUUCCUGCAUGGAGGCGGAGCCCAUGGUCGUAGAUAAGGUCCCAUUCGAUAAGUACGAGCUGGAGCCGUCUCCUCUAACGCAGUACAUUCUGGAGAGGAAGUCACCACACACCUGCUGGCAGGUUUACGUAAGUAACAGCGCUAAGUACGGCGAGCUCGGGCAGCCGUUCGGCUACCUGAAGGCGAGUACGGCGCUCAGCUGUGUCAACCUCUUCAUCAUGCCCUACAACUACCCUGUGGUGCUGCCCCUCCUGGACGACUUGAUUCGAGUGCACAAAUUCAAGCCCACUCCGAAAUGGCGUCAGGCCUUCGAGAGCUACCUGAAGACCAUGCCGCCAUACUACAUCACGCCCCUGAGGAAGGCACUGAGGAUGAUGGGAGCCCCGAACCUGCUGGCCGAAAGCAUGGAGUACGGCCUGAGCUACAGCGUUGCGUCAUACCUGAAGAAACUCAGCCAGCAGGCGAAGGUGGAGGCGGACCGCGUGUGCGCGCUGGUAGGGAAGAAGGCGGGGCCUGAUAUGGGGAUCAAGCUCCGCCUCCGAGGCUCUGCUAUCUCGUUAGCUCACAGAAAGGAUUUUGCACAGCUGCUGCACGGCAUCAUGGGAGAUGGGCCGCUCGACAUCAACCCCAAAGAGUUCUCAGGGUUCCAGCUAGCUGUGCUCAACAAGGCCCUGAAGCCACAGGGUCUGCGGAACCCGUAUGACGUACCCAGGAUUCAGCUGCUGGACCAGCUGAGCCGCAUGAGGAGAAACCUCCUGAACACCAGCAUGUGUGUGCUGAAGGGCCAAGACCAAGAUCAGCUCCACAGCGUGCCCAUAGCACAGAUGGGCAACUAUCAGGACUUCCUGAAACUUAGCCCCGCCCCCUUGAGAGAGGCGGACCCAGACCAACCGAAGCGGCUGCACACCUUCGGCAACCCCUUCAAACUGGACAAGAAGGCGAUGAUGGUGGAUGAAGCAGACGAGUUUGUGACUGGGACUCAGGGAAAAGGCAAGCGACCCAUCGAUACCAGCCCGCCUACUGGCGCUCCGAAAAGGAGGAGGUGCAUGUCGCCAUUACUGCGCCUGGGACGUGCGUACACCCCGCCCAAUAAGACGCCACCCAGAGCUCCGGACGCCAAUCACGCGGGCCACAGUGAAUUGGAGCAAGCGCCAGUGCUCAACCACACGGGCCAUCUCGAUUUGGAACGGGUUCCUGAUUCCAACCACGUAGGCCACGUCGAAUUGGAACGUGCCCCAGACUCCAAUCACGUGGGCUGCCUCGAGUCCCCUGAACGGUCCCAGGAAGUGCCACCCUUGCCCCCUAACCUCGACGCAAAUCACCUGGAAGAGGAAGAGGACGCCGAGCAGCAGAACGGAGGACGCAAUCCCGAGGAAGAGGAGCUGAAGAGGACGAGGAGGGAGGAAGGGCGCGAGCUGAACGCGGAGCUCCGCGUCCUCAUCACCAGGGAGAUCAGGAAGCCGGGCCGGCGUUAUGAGAGAAUCUUCUACCUCCUGAAGCAGAUCCAGGGCAGCCUGGAAACGAGACUCAUCUUCCUGCAGAACAUCAUUAAAGAGGCAGCGAGAUUUAAAAAGCGAGUGCUGAUCGAGCAGCUGGAGAACUUCCUGGAAGAGAUCCACUUACGAGCAAACAGCAUGAACCACCUGGACGGCUUCUAAUCGCAGACAAUCACACGGCGAGCGUUUCUGUAUAAUCACACCUCAGGGCAAAGGGGAAAGGUAGAGAAUAUCACCCCCAUCCCCCCCUCCCCCUUUUCCGUUCUUCAUCCUCCCCUUCGUUUCCACUUCCUGUGCUUCUCUGAUCUCUUUAUCUCUCCUGUUUUAUGCCAAAGAUGAAUGGAUUUGUCAAGUGCAUUGCCCCUUAAAAAGAAUUCCCAAUCCUUAUUGAGUUUGAAUUAACGAAAUUUGCCUUAGAAUUUAAAAAAAAAAUGUCUGUUUAUAAGGACAGUCAUGAGAAUUGGCUCUAAAUUGGACAUCUGACCUGGUCUCAAGGAGACGCAGAGGUCAAGCCAUCAUUAAUUUAACAACCAAUGGUCUUCUCUCCUUCUGUGCGAAUUUAUUCAAGAACAUUAUUAAAGUUCCUUUAACAACAGUUAAAAUAAUAACUCCCUUUUUUUAUGAAAAUGUCUUUUGUCCAUGGAAUGCUGGGAAAGUCUCAAUUCUCCCAUCAACAGUUUCUUUUCUUUUCAUUUUGGAUCCAUCCUUCAUCUUCAUCACUCCUCUUAUCUUAUUUUCACACCAACAUCUCAGCGAUCUGUCGACUCGUCAUAGGGACCAAGCACUCAAGCUCCGCUUAUAUACACGAUUUUGUGCAAGUUGUACAAAUGUAAAUACGGAAAGUUAAAGUAUUAUUUAAAGGACGUUUCUCGUGAAAGCCUACUACUUUUUUUUUUUUUUUUUUUUUUUUUUGUAUGUUGUUGAAGAAAAUUUCUAUUUUAUACUGUGAAGAACUAUUCGAAAUAAACAUUUU